GCCCAGAAGACACAUCCUACCCUGUGCUGUAUGUGUUUGAAAGAGCAGCUCAGCGCGGGAGGGGAAAAAAGAAAGAAGUAAGAGUCAGAGGCACAGAGAGAGCGAGGCGGCUCCAGAGUGAAGUAGAAACAACCAGAACUGAGAGACCGAAUACUUAUGAGAACCAUAGAGACCAGAAGAGUGAUUGGAACUUGUAUGGGUGAAAAGAAGAAAAAAAAGAAAGACACAAAAAGAAUAUGGGAAGCACCAGUGCACUGAAUGGCUCACAGGGGCUGAACAGCUCCUUGUCGGGCUCUGACAAUAGUUCCAGUUACAGUGAGGUGAAGAUGGUGUUGUUGGGCAUGGCGUCUCUCCUGGUGCUGGUCAUCGUGUUCGGAAAUAUCCUGGUGAUCACCGCCAUUGCUCGUUUCCAGCGGCUGCAGACGGUCACGAACUGUUUCAUCACCUCCCUGGCUUGUGCCGACCUGGUAAUGGGCCUCAUCGUGGUGCCUUUUGGGGCAUGCUCUAUUUUCUUUGGGACAUGGCACUUUGGGAACUUCUGGUGCGACUUCUGGACGGCCACAGACGUGCUAUGCGUCACAGCCAGCAUAGAGACGCUAUGCGUGAUUGCCCUGGACCGUUACCUGGCAAUCACGUCACCCUUCUGGUAUCAAUCCUUGCUCACCAAGAGCAAGGCCUGCAUAGUGGUACUGCUGGUAUGGGUUGUGGCGGGCCUCAUCUCCUUUCUGCCUAUCCAUAUGAAGUGGUGGAUUGCCAACGAUGAUGUGGCGAGGAACUGCGCACUGAAACCCAACUGUUGCGAGUUCAACACCAAUCCACCAUAUGCCAUCACAUCCUCCAUCAUUUCCUUCUACAUCCCCCUGGUUGUCAUGGUGUUUGUCUAUAGCCGUGUCUUCCAGGAGGCCAAGAAGCAAUUGAAGAAAAUAGACAAGUGUGAAGGUCGCUUCCAUGCCCAGAACAACAACUUAGCCCACGAGAAUCGCAACGGUGAAGGAAAGAACUGGAAGAAGCCCAAGUUCUGUCUAAAGGAGCAUAAGGCCUUGAAGACCCUUGGCAUCAUCAUGGGCAUCUUCACCCUCUGCUGGCUGCCAUUCUUUGUGCUCAACGUAGUGGUGGCCAUUAAGAAAUUUCAUGACAUCCGCCUGACCUUCAAGAUCCUAAACUGGAUAGGGUACGCCAACUCAGCCUUCAACCCCAUGAUCUACUGCAGGAGCCCGGAGUUCAGGUAUGCUUUCCAAGAGAUCCUCUGUCUGAGAAGGUCCCGUUUCCCCAAGCUUGGACCCUUAAAUGGAUACAUGUACACUGGGCACAGCUGGCAGAAUGAAGUGCAGGUUCGGAACAAAAAUAAUAUGGAGGACAGUAACUCAAUCGACAGAAUGCUGGAGACGGGAGAAUGCUCUGGUGCAGCAGGCAAAACAGACUCCAAUGGCAACUGCAGUAAAGUCCUGUUGACAAUCAUGUAAACUCCUGCCACACCUCUCUUCACUUUGUCCUCCUCAUUACCCAGUGGCAUGUGACUGAUCGGGAUGUUCUGGUAAGCAGACCAGGGUUAUAAAGGGGUGUGUUUUGCCACAGAAGCACAUUCAGUUCUUCAUCAUAGCUCUGUCUACCUAUAGGACAUCUUCAACACGUUGUUUCUUCUACCUCUUUACAUUUUUGUGCGAUGACUUUGUCUUUUUUUUUUUUUUAACUUAAGCUGUAUGUUUGUUGAAAGGAUUUACUUAAUAUGAGGUAGCAAACAAGCUCAGUCUUUAAAGUGUUUGCUCGCAGUUGUAAAGAAAACUAUGUCAAACGGAUGCAAUGUGGAGGUUUCCUGUUUUAGUAUUGACUUGACUUUCACAGGGAACUAAAAAAAUACUGGAAUUAGGAACUGGGAAGCACAUUCUAAUGACGGUAAUAUGAAAAACUCAAGCAUAACAUGAGGAGUGAAGCAGUUGAACUCUGAACCUGUAUGCCACUGACCAUUGUGUUCGCAUUCAAAGCAUUCCACAAGAAGCCAGAUUCAUGAAACCAAAUCGUUUCGUGCGACUUUUUCCUGCUCUAAGGAGGGAGAGGAGUAACCCGACACUUUGAGAAAAAACGACAGGUGCGAAUGGCUGCUUGGGCUUCCACCAGCCAAGCUCCCGAAGCAGAGCCACAGCCUGUGUGCUCACAAUGCUAUCUCACAGCUACUGCGUGUUUAGUGUGUGAACAUGACGCAAGUUUCACUGCACUGCAGUGAUAGGAAAGAACUGGAUGCAAACUCACAAACAAUCGGCGUGUUUUACAUCGAUACGCUUGCUGAUCGAGCCCUAAUGCGGAAGUCCAGUAAAUUGACAGAACCGUGACUACAGAGGAUGCUCUUCUUAAGAUUCCUACAUCAGUUCUAGAAUAAGGCCAAUGACUUCACACACAGCCAAAACAGCUGUACCUUUUUUUUUGCACCAUAUCUAACUUACUUCCUGUUUUGUGGUGUACCUUGCUGUAAAAAGAACAUCUACACUAUUUGUUUCCACCAUGUGUGGCUCUAUGGUAGCAUUCCUUUCUCAAACUUUGCUUACUUUCAUUUUGGGCAUGAGUUGUUCAUUUCCUUCCUUGGGACUCGUACCUUGCUUUCUGUGAACCUCCUGAGCCCUCAGAAGGUUUCCACUGCUGAAUGAGACAGACACGUUCACGGGAGUUUGUGACAUUAACCAUAACCAUUAACCUUAAAACUGAUGACAUGCUGCCCCUAGACUCAAAGUUGCUGUCCAGCAGCAUGUCCAAAGUGACCACCCGUUAGCCCUUAGAAAACUCGCAGGGGUUUAAAAUCAGUAUUAAUGACUUGUUUAUCUGUGCAUGCAACAGUUCUUUAAAGUGCAACCAGGUCUUUGUGUUGAAACUGUGAACCAUUUCAUUUUGGGGGUAAAUAUAUAUUUUAGUACUGUAGCUUAAAUGACCCUGUUAAAAAUUAUCUGUUGAGCUUUUGUAUAUACAAAGUGCAGCUGUACAAAGCGCUAUGGUAUGUGACGGUCUAUAUUGUGAUUUCAUAUCGUGUGUGUGUGUCUACUGAAUACACACACACGUAUUUUUGGUGAUACGUACGGUUUCUUACAUUCACUCUUUGCACUCAAAAGGUACAAAAAACAUGAAUACCGCAGUGCUGUUCAAAUGAUUGUAUUCUAUGUGCUGGUCAUUUUACUCUGUAAACAGGCUAGCCGUGCACAUGAGCAAAACUAGGCUGACGUUCUAUUGCUCCAAGCGUUCGGUAAAUGUGUGUGUAAAGUGAUUAAUCGACCAUGUGACGUGAGGUUCUCUGUGCAGUUUCUUUUACGAUGCACUUCUUACAAAGCGGGAAAGAAAGGAAAUCGAUCUUCGAAGCAUUAGUUCAGACUGCCCCCUCCUGGCAGUGCGCACCUGAGCUUCUCUAACGGAGCCUGAGACUUUCGCAUGGAUUGUAAGCCCCCUGCCCUCCCACACACCCCACCUCAAUAAAGUGCGGCGAUGUUUAUGACCCGGGUGUCUCUGAUGGCUGUAGUGUCAACAUGCGCAAAGGCACUGACUCAGCAGCGCUGAUGCUGCUUGCUAAGCAUUGCAGACAAAGCCACAUCCCAGGGCGGUGCGUACCACAUAGGCGCCGCGCUGGAGUGGGCUGCCGUCCAGGGGAGUAGUAUCAGGCGGCUCCUCUGGUUGUGACCCACCCCGGCCUCUUUACCCCUUUACUUGUCGCAAAGCAUGAAGGUCAGUGGCUCCGAGGACCGAAAUAGCCUCUCUAAAUCAAUCAUUAACGGGGUGAAUCAGCAGAGAGGGGGCCAGUUCAGGUGUAUCGUCCCUCAUCCGGAGGGCCUGGCGACAGCACAUGCCAAAAGCUUGUGCCCCCCCGGUGCCCCCGAACCCCGUCUGAUGACCUGCCUGUAACUGCAUACAAAGAACUGGCAGAGCACCUGUCACACUGGGGUUUCCCAAGAGCCAGGGCAUCCCACACUGCUGCAGAUCACUCAUACAAAGUAUAUGCUCUGUGGGUGAGGGUCCUGGGAUGGGGCAGCGGACCAGGAAAGGCCACAUAUCAAUAGUAUUCCAGGCCGUCGGGUUGCGGAGAGGCGGGGGGGGGGUCGAAGUUCAAAUUGCUCAUCGCAUGCAGCGACUAUCUGGCUUUGCAGCAUGAAGGAAAAUUCUUAAAGCCACACCAGUUCAAUGUUUACUGUGUUUGUUACUGACCUAUUUGCACACAAGAUUGUGCUUGUUUGUUACUGUGUUAUGUUCUGUUGAAGAAUUAUGUGGUAAGAAGUUAAUUGUACAGUGAUAUUUAUGAUGUGUCAGCAGACAUUUGAAUUUGUUUAAUAAAUUCUGUAUUUGAUGAA